AUCUUGCCCGCACGUGUUUUUCAAUGGCGAAAAGCAAGUUUGAAUACACGAGAAAAUUUGAAAAUAAUGAUUCUUGUUUGUUGAAUUGUUUUAUUGUUGUGCGUUUAGAUGGAAGGAAUUUUCAUAGGUAUGCUCCUUUAUAUUUGUUGAUCAACAUUUUUGUUUUUUGAAAUUGUGUAAACAUACCAUUGCCACCUUAAGUGAGUUUAAUGGACUAAGCUAGAUUGAUUGAUUUGGUGUUUAUAAAUUUGAUUUAUUGAUUAAUUGAGGUUAAUUGGACACUACUAGUCGUUAAACUGCAAUACCCAUUAAUGCUACUGGCAAUUUUACUCAACGGGACAUAUUGGCAGGGCCCGCGGAGCGUAUUAGAGAGUGGGGGGGCUAAAUCAUCAAUAAAACCCCCAAUUAAUUAAUUUAGAAAGUUUCAUUUAGAUUUCUAUUUUAAUAAUUUUGGCUGUCAAAAAAAGUGGGGGCGCUGAAGCCCCCCCGUCUCCGCGGUCCCUGAUUGGGUAUUUAUAAUGGUUAAUUAACCAAUUAAGUCACAAUGUGCCCCUAUGUGCUGCGCUAUGGUAUAUUUGAACAUGCCUGAUCCCUUCUGGGAUUUUCCUUGCCAAGGGGAAAGCCUUGGGUGUUAAUCAGUUAAUGGUUAAUGGCUGGAGAUUGUCAAUGAUUACAUGUGUGAUAGGUUUUCAGACAGCCAUGAAUUUGAGAAACCAAAUGAUGAGAAUGCUUUGAAGUUGAUGAACCGAUGUGCAGAGGAAGUGAUGAAAGAAUUUCAGGAUCUUAUCCUUGCAUAUGGACAGAGUGAUGAAUAUAGGUCUGUUGGGAAAGAUUAUGACAUUACCAUGAUUAUCAUCAUACCAUUAUCACCACCAUAACCAUCAUCACACCAUCAUCAUCGAUCGUCACCAUCAUCACAGCAAUUAUCACAAUCACCACUACCAGCAUCACUGAUCAAGACCACCACCAUCCUGAUUGCCACCUUCAUCACCACUACAAUCACCAAUACCAUGUACUAUCAUUUUGACCACCAUGAUCACCAUUUUCACCACCAUGCAGGUAGAAUAAGCAGUCACCCAAAGCAAAACAAUGAACCCACUUUGUUGAGUGUCUAUAAUAAUUAACAACCUUAUUCUCUAGCUUUGUCUUCAAACGAAGCACAACUCUAUUUAAUCGUAGAGCAAGGUAUGAUCAUUCAUAAAAUAACCAUGUAAAAUCCAUCGUUUUCACCAAGCGUUUCUGCAUUUGAAAAUCAGAUUAUGCUUACUUUAAUCUACAGAACAUCAGAACAUGUAAUUUGUCUUUUUAAGCAAGCUUAUGACAAAUUUGGCUUCCUACUUUGCGUCAAGUUAUGUAUUUUACUGGUCAGAAUAUUUCAAGGAAAAGUUACAAUAUCCGCCAACAUUUGAUGGAAGAGUCGUCCUCUAUCCUACUGAAACAAACCUCAAAGAUUAUUUAAGCUGGAGACAAGCUGACUGUAUGGUAUAUUGUUAAUAAAAUUUUGAUCGAAAUUUGAUGAAGAACUUGAUUUUGUAUUAAAGUUGCUGUUUUUUUCAAAGGCCACAUCAAUAACUUGUACAAUACAUGUUUUUGGAAACUUGUAAAAAUUGCUGGUCUGAGCCCGGAAGAUGCAGAAAAACGAUUGUGUGUAAGUGUUUAUGUGUUCGUCUGACCAGGUUUUCAAAAAAAUAAUGGUGCAUGAUGGGAAUGAUUAUAAGGCUCAAAAAAUCUCUGUUGUCAUUCCUAUCACGCAUCACACUCCCCUGAGUCCAUUGAUCCAUAUAUGUAAUUGUACUUGUAUUCUCACAAUGUACAAUUUGACGACUUCAGGGACUGACUGGUUUUGUACCUUUAGGGUACAGUGUCAGGAGAUAAGAAUGAAAUUCUCUUCUCAGAGUUUAAUAUCAAUUACAACAAUCUGCCUGAAAUGUUUAGAAAAGGCACAGUACUAUUGUGGGAGAAGGUAGGUGAAUUAUUCAAGAUAACAAAAACAGGUAUUCUCUCACACAGCUGGGACAGCCUGAUUAUAUUAAUUGGGCCGGCCCCCAGCAGUGUGUGAGAAAAUAUUUUCUGCUUCUUUCAUUCCUCAGCCAGCAGAGAAUUAUACAUAGUUUUUACACUAAUACUAUAGAUUGAUCUAGGUUAGAAACAGUAUAACUGUAUUCUAACAAAGCCGCCAAAUUUUCAUUUAUAUUAUUACUUUGAUCAGGCAGAAAAGAUGGUUUCAAAAUCUAAAGGUGAUUCAACUACCGUUCGUGUCUACCCACAAGUGGUCAUGCUACAUGUAGACAUUAUCAAAGAUGAUUUUUGGGAAAGUCGGCCAAACCUACUUAUAUGAACAUGGUUCACAAGACAUUAGCCAGUCCUUGCAAGACUGGUACCUAUUCUCCCUUUGCAGAUGUGCCGCUCCAAAACUGUGUCGAAACCAAAAUCCACGAUGUUGCACGCAUGCACAGACAAACCUAACUAAAAACAUAUCCAGAACAACUUUUGAAUAAGUAUAUAUUUAUUAAUUAAUUUAUAAUCAGACAUUUUGUAUUUUUAUGCCAAUUUUAAUAAUAAUUUCAAUUAAAUACUUUCAUGUUUUUACUUAAGUUUAUGGUUUUGGGGAACAUUUCUUGCAGUGUUUAUUGUACCGGCCACUUUUAGAGAGCUGACUGAGGAUAAUGCCUCAUCUCAGAGUUCAGUCAAUUUAUCAGUAAGAUUCAUAAUCCACCUUUUGUAUCAAGUGUAAAACAAUAGCAGGCUAAGAAUUUCUUUUUAAUAGUCAGAGUUUAAUAAGGCAGACUAGAUUAGAGUUCUGUUUUACCAUCCUUUAAAUUAUCAGUAAGAUUUUCAAUAUCAUCACCAUCAACAUUAUCCAUAUCUGCAUCUUCAUCUAUUUCAUUAUCACCAUCACCAUCCUUGUCACCAUCCGCACCAUCUUCAUCACCAUCAUCAUCAUCACCACCAUCAUCUUCAUCACCAUCAUCGCCAUCAUCAUCACCACCAUCACCAUUAUUCUUCUUAUCCUUGAUUGCCAUAUUUAUUUGAUUCACCAACUUUGCAGCAGCACCUUCCUCGUUAAUGUUGACAUGAUACGGUUCCGGCUCUUUCUUUGCACUUCCAGUCUGUAGCUUUUGUUUCUCGUCGUUAAUGUUGACCUCAAGCUCCUCUUUCUCUUUCUUGGUACGGUCCACACCCUCGCAUGCCUCCGUCAACUUGUAACAAAUUUUUUGUUCAAAAUCUCCCGAUUCACCAACUAAUGUGUUUUCGAUCUCCUCAUCGUAAUUUUC